AUGCUUGAAACAUUGGAGAACACAACAUCUAGGAUAGGUGCCACUACCUUUAGCACAUAUUCCAUCUCUGUAAGCUUUUUACAACAAUAUCUCACAUCUGAAUUUGAAAUUGGAAUGCAUACAUUCUUUGGUGAAGAAUGGGAUGAUCUUAAAACCAAGGUGUAUGGUCAACUCAAUCUCACACCAUUGCAUUUUGAGGGCAUUAUUCUUGAAACCAUAAAAGCUAUUGAAGAGGUAAAAGAUUCACUUAGCCUUGAAGAAAUCAUUUCCAAGUCAAUAUCGUUAAACUUAUUUUUGCAUUUAGAUGUGCACUAUAUAUAA